AUGAGACACCCUUCAAACACCGAGCUCGGCCCAUCCACCCUCGGGAUAUUGAGGCUGUCCGUGACCAUCUGCGCGACCUGUGGUAGAAGAGUGAGAGUAGUGUGGGGUGGGGUGGGGGGUGGGGGUGGGGUUGUGGGGGUGUGGGUGGGGUGUGGGGGGUGGUGGGGGGGGGGGGUGGGGGUGGUGGGGGUGGGUUUGGGGGGGGGGGGGGGGUGGGGGGGUGUGGGGGGGUGGGGUGGGGGGGUGUUUUGGUUGGGGGUGGUGGUGUUGUGGGGUUUUUGGUUGGUUUGUUGUGGGGGGUUUGGGGGGUGUUUGUUGUUUGUGUGGUGUGGAGAGGGUUGUUUGUGUUUUUGUUUGGGUGGGGGGGUGGGGUGGGGGGGGGUGGGGGGGGUUGUGGGGUUUGGUGGGGGGGGGGGGGGGGGGGGUGGGGGGUGGGGGGGGGUGGGGUGGGGUGUGGUGUGGGGGUGGGGUAUUGGUUGGUGUGGGGGGUGGGUGGGUGGGGGGUUGGGGGGGGGGGGGGGGGGGGGGUGGUGGGGGGUGGGGGGUGGGGGUGUGGGUGGUGGGGGGUUGGGGUUGGGGGGGGGGUGGGGGUGGGUGGGGGUGGGGGUGGGUGGGGGUGGGGUGGUUGGGGGGGGGGGUGGGGGGUGGGGUGGGGGGGGGGGUGGGUGGGGGGUGGGGGGGGGGGUGGGGUUGUGUGGGGGUGGGGUGGUUGGGGGGGUGGUGGGUGGGGGGGGGGGUGGGUGGGGUGGGGGGGGGGGUUUGUGGGGUGGGUGGGUGGUGUUGGGGGGGGUGUGUGGGGGGGGGUUGUGGGGGGGGGGGGGGGGGGGGGGGGGGGGGGGGGUGGGGUGGGGGGUGUUGUGGGGUGGGGGGUGUGGGUGUGGGUUGGGGUUGUGGGGGGGGGGUUGGUGGGGGGUUGUUUUUGUUUUGGUUUGUUGUUUGGUUUUGGGGGGUGUGGGGGGGGUGGGGUGUUUGGGGGGGUGGGUGGGGGGGUUUGGGGUGUGUUGGGGGUGGGUGGUGGUGGUUGGUGUUUGGUGGGGGUGGGGGUUGGUUGGGUUGGUGGUUGGUGGGGGGGGUGUUUGUAGUGUGUGUGUGUGUGGGGGUGGGGGGUUGAUUGGGGGUGGGUGGUGUUGGUGGGGGUGUGUGGUGGGGGGGUUUGGGUGGGGGGGGGGGUGGUGUGGGUGGUUGUGGGGUUGGGGGGUUGGGUGGGGGGGGGUGUGUGGGUUGGUGUGGGGUUGGGGGGGGGGUGGGGGUGGGUUUGGUGUUGUGGGGUGUGGGGUGGGUUGGUGUUGGUGGUUGGGGGUGUGGUGGUGUGUGUGGUGUGUGUUGGUGUGGGGUGUGUGUGGUGGUGUUGGUUGGUGUGGGUGUGGGUGUGGUGGUGUGUGGUGGGGGGGUGUGGUGGUGGGGUGGGGUGUUUGUGUGGUGUGGUUGUGGGGUGGUGGUGGGUUUUUGGGGGGUGUGUUUGGGGGUUGUUGGUGGGUGUGGUGUGUUGUGGGGGUUGGGUGGGUGGUGUGUGGUGGGUUGGUGGGUGGUUUGGGUGGUGGGGUGUUUUGGUUUGGUUGUGGGGUGUGGUGGGGUUGGGUUGGGGGGGGGUGGGUUGGGUGGUGGGGUGGGGGUUUGUGGUGUUGGGGGGUGUUUUUGGGUGGGUUGGUUGGUGUGUGGGGGGUGGGGGGGUUUUUUUGGGGUUGUGGGGGUGGUUUGGGGUUGAUGUAUGUGGGUGGGGGGGGGGGGUUGUUGGUUGGGUGGGUGGGGUGGUUUUGUGGGGGGGGGGGGGUUGGGGGUUGGGGUGGGGGGGGGGGUGGGUUUGUUGGGUGUUGUUGGGGGUUUGGGGGUUGUUUGUGGGUGGUGGUUGUGUUGUGGGGGUGUGAGAGAGUGAGUGAGUGGGUGUGGGGGUGUUGUGUGGUGGGGGGUGGGUGUGUUUGUGGGGUGGGGGUGUUGGGGUGGUGUGUGGGUGUUGUGGGUGUUGGGUGGGGGGGUGGUGGGGGGGGGGGGGUGGGGUGGGGGGGGGGGUGGGGGGUUGGUGGUGUGGGGGGGGUGGGGGUGUGUGGUUGUUGGGUGGGUUUUGGGGGUUGGGUGUGUGGGGGGUGGGUGGGUGUGGUGGUUGGUGUGGUGUGGUGUUGGUUUGUGGUUGGUUGGGGGGGUGGUUUUGUGUGUGUGUUUUUUUGUUGUUGGGGUUUUGUUUGGUUGUUGUUUGGUGUGUUGUUUGGGUUUGUGUGGGUGGUGGUGUGUUGGGUUUGGGGUGUUGGGGGUGUGGUGGGGUUGGGUUGGGGUGUUGUGGGUUUUGUUUGGUUGUGGGGUGGUGUGUUGUGUGGUGGGUGGGUGUGUUUUGGGGGGUGUUGUGUUUGGUGGUGGGGUGUUUUGGUGGUGGGUGGUUUUGUGUUGGUUUUGGGGUGUGUGGGGGGUGGGUGGGGGGGGGGGGGGGGGGGGGGGGGGGGGGUGUGGGGGGGGGGGGGGGGGGGGGGGGGGGGGGGGUGGGGUGUUUUUUUUUGGGGUGGGGUGGUGUUGUGGGGUUGGGGUGGGGGGUUGGGGGGGGGGUUGGGGUGGUGGGGGUUUGUUGGGGGGUGGGGUUUGGGUGGGGGGGGGUGGGGGGGGGGUUGGGGGGGGGGGUGGUGGUGUGGGGGGUUGGGUGGGGGGGUGUGUGUGGUGGUGUGGUGUGAGUGUGGGGUGGUGGGGGUGGGGGGGGGGGGGGGGGGGGGGUGGGGGGGGGGUGGAUGGGGUGGGGUGGGGUUGGGUGGGGGGUGGGGGUUGUGUGGGGGGGGGGGGUGUUGGGGUGGGGGGUUGGUGGGGGGUGGGGGGGGGGUUUGGGGGGGGGGGGGGUGUGGUGGUUGGGUGGGUGUUUGGGGGGGGGGUGGGUUGUGGGGGGUUUUGGUUGGGGGUGGGUUUUGUGUUGGGGGUGGGGGGGGGUGUGUUUGGGUGGGGGUGGGGGGGGUGGGUUGGGUUGGGUUGGGGUUGUGUUUUGGGGUUGGUGGGGUGGUGUUGGGUUGGGGGUUGGGUGUGGGUGGUUUGGGGGUGGGGUGGGUGUGUUUGUGUUGUUGUGGUGGGUUUGGGGUGGGUGUGUGGGGGGUUUGGGUGUGGUGUUUUUUGUGGGUGGGUGGGGGGGGGGUGGGGUGUGGGUUGGUUGGGGUGUGGGUGAGUGUUGUGGGUGUGGGGUGUUGGGGGGGGUGGUGUGGGGUGGGUGGGUGGUGGGGUGGUUUGUGUUGGGGGGGGUUUGGUUGUGUGGGGGUUGUUUGGGGUGGUUGGUUGUGUGGUGUGUGGGGGUUUGUGGGUGGUGGUGGGGGGGGUGGGGGGUUGUGGGGGUUGGGUGUGGGGGUGGGUGGGGGUGUGGGGGUGUGGGGGUGUGGGGUGGGGGGUGGUGUGUUUGUGUUUGGGGGGUGUGUGGGUUGGUUUGGGUGGUGUGUGGUUGGGUGUUUUGUGUGGGUUGUGGUGGGGUUGGGGUGGGGGGGGGUGGGGUGGGUGGUUGUUUUGGGGUUGUUUGGUUGUGGUUUUGGUGUGGUUGGGUUGUGGUGGGGUGUGGGGGUGUUGUUGGUGGUUGUGGUUGGUGGUGGGUUGUUUGUGGGUGGGGUUUUGGGUUUUUGUUUGGUUGAGAUGUGA